GGAAUUGCAUUAUACAAUAUGCUGUAAAAUCUUAGGUUUUCAAACUUUGACUUGAGUUUAUAGAAUUGGCAAUUAGGAAAAAAUCUUAAUAUCCUAGUAUUGGUAUAAAAUGGGAAAAAUUGAACCGAGUUGGCAAAUUUGACCUUAAAAAUAACCAAAAGAUAACCAAAAAAAGUGGAAAAUCUUGCUUGAAGCAAGUCUUGUGCAGUGACUAACUGGAAAUUGCCAUUUUUUUUCCCCAGAAACCAUCUGUUAUGUCACUAGUGAAUGCAGGAACCAGUUAGUCAUUUUAAAUGUGCUGGUUAGGCGCUGCUCCAAUUGAAUUAUUGUGUGAUCAAAGUAAUGUUUGUGUCCUCACAUCCCACAAACUUAACUACAGUUGAAUCUCUGUGAACUCUUAAUAACGAUAAGAAUUUCAGCGUUAGUGUGAGUGGUGAUAGUGGUCACGUUCACAUCCAAAUGGGGAAUUUCCCACGGGUUUGACGGCACAGACUGUAGCGAACAAUGAAAAGAACCUUUUCUAUUCAUUCUGCUUCCUGUGAGCAAAUAUUCUAUUCCUCGUUGUGUGUAACAAAAUCCUUCCAAGUGCAAGGUAGCUAUAACAAAAAUGUAUUUAUCGACAGCAAUAUUUACCCUACCUGUAAUUCAUUAUCACCUCUCUUAUUCUAGUUCCGAACAGGACCUGCUGUUUGUUCUCUUCUGCACAGAACGAGAGACGGACAUGAUGAAACUAUCAGCUUUGAGCGAAGGCGUAGGGUUUAUGUCACAUGGAAUAUUUAUUGUGUAGUUUAGCUCUGGAAACAUUGUUAAAAGUAUUGCUCCUUAUUUGCUGUUCCAAAUUGGAAUCAUAAAUGUAAUUAGCUACCAGCUUUCUUUGAAUAGAUGUCCAUAUAUUGAUGUAUGGGUUACUUGUAAUGAGCUAGAAUCACAGUUUUUGAGAAUUCUGAGCUCUUUUUGAGUUGGUCCUGUGGUUGAUGCCCGUCCCUUCUCAACUUCCUUGUUCCCUUUUUUGACAUUUACAGUAAAGCCAAGAGAGGUUCAUAAAUUGACAUUAAGUGUAGAGGGCAGCUGGUUAUUUUUUCCCCCAAUAUUUCCAGAGAAAUGCGAGAUAAAGCAGAUGAAUAUGCAUCUAAUAUGUUUUUUUCUGCACUACUUGCACUUCCCUCAAUGCCGUUUUUUAUUUCGGUAUAUUAAUCUGAUGUACAUGUAUCGGAGCAUCUUUGUCAUAUCUAUGAAACAGCUCUUUCUCAAGUAUCUAAUCACAGCAGAAACUAGGAAAGUUUUUCACACUCUUCUGUAGAAAGUGUGCAGUGGAGAAAGACUUAACAACUUCCUAGAAUAAUGAAAGCGUUUAGGCUGCAUUAUAUUCCCUGAGGCAGAAAAUCAAAGCUGUUCUGACAGCCAGUUGUGUUCUGUGUGAUGAGAACAGAGAAACGUGUCUCAGGGUAAGGCUCUGCCCAUCUCCAGCAGGGCCAGCCCUCAGCAGGAGCCCAGGGUGAAGCAGAAUAGGGCAAACAUGUCUUGUACUAUGUAAUAAUUUCUCCUUCUGAUGCUUAGUCCGUAAGUCCUAUGUGUCUCUUUCCCCAGGGCUGCCUGGUAUCAGUGUAGAGCAUGUGAGUUCCUUCUGGUGAAGAUUGUAAGUGCUCAGUGUUGAGUACAGUGUCAAAGGUUGUGCUGCCAAGGACAGGUCAGGAUGCGUGUUCAUGUCUGAGAACUGGAAUAAGGGGGAAUCUACCUGGCUCUUCUCCCAAACCAAAACCAAUUCAGAUGGAGAACUAGUAGGAAUUCUGGAGGUAGAAGGCCAAAUCCCAGUGCUUGUGCAUCCCGUGCAAAAAAAGCAAGCACAGUGGGGGAAAAGAAGUGUUUUCCCAGCUCAGCAAUCUAGGGUGAUACCACUGAAGGAACAUUACCCUUCAGUAUAACCUGGUCUGAUCUGGAAGUGCAGGAAAUCAACAAAGAGGAUCAUCGCUCCAGAUUGCAGUUCUGGAAUUGGCAAUAGUUGCAGCGCUUCUAGCAGCAAGGAACUCGCAGCACAGGGACUGAAGACUUGUGGGGAUGCAGGUAUGCUCUGUUCUUGGGAAACUCAGUCCUACAAUUCUUGUGGGGGGAAAGAAAAUAAGAGAAAAGAGUCCCUGUUUGUAGUAUCAAAUUUGUUACGUGCUGGUGCCUUGUUUCAAUGACUACUGCUAGUGCAGUAGUUCAUCGUGCUGGGGUAACAUGACUGCCUUUAUUUGGUUUUGGAAGCUCUUGAGCCUUUUCUGACCCACAAGUCUGAUGUUAAUGUCAUAUAUUCAUGACAUGGAUUGCUGUGAGACUUCCGAAAGAUUGUGCUAACCCUUUCCCGUUUUCAAACAGAGGCAGCUCCUCUUAGACAUACAGCGUCUUACACAUCAAAAGAGCACAGAUGAAAUCAUAUGAGAGAGUGCAAGAGCCCCCAGUUGGGAGGAGUUAGAUAAACACUCACCAAUAACCUGCCUACGUUAAACCUUUUCCAGAAUGCGUGAGUCUGAGAGAUAAAGGGAACUAUAAAGGGUGAAGCAGCUAGCAGGGCACCAGACCAAACUGCCCACAGCUCCUGAAAGGUGGUGGCCCAGAUUUGAAGAGGUGCUUUUAGAAGGAACCAGUAUGGAGCCUGAGGAGUACAGACGGAGAGGUGAGUGAUCCUCUGCUCUUGGAAACAGGUAGAAUUUGCUCGCGGAGAACAACUGUUGUAGGGCUGGGAGUGGUACCCAGAAAUGGGCUGCAUACUCUUUAUUUGCACACAUGUCCGUGAGACAGAUCUGCUGGUGCUGAUACAAAAAUGUGUCCCACAGCUGAGUUUAAAUUAAUGGAUUUAGAGUCAGUGGAUGGCUUAGGCUUUUUGGUCUUACAUGUAAAAUACUGCGGGAAAACCGCAAAACUAUGAUUCUGAAUAAACUUGUGCUAAGGGAUUAUGCACAGUGGCUCUUCUCUGGCUGACACCAUGAAACUUCAGUGAUACCGGCACAGUUCUGGACAUGGGGAACAUGCUUUAGUUCAAGACAGGAGGAGAUUACUUUUUCUCCGCUUUUUAGGCAUAGAGCUGUGAAGCUGUUUUCAGAGGAUGCAAAAGGGGUAUGUUGUAAUGACAGGGAAACGUGAGGCAUUAUGAAAAUUUUAUUUCCAUGAAAUGCAGUUUCAGUUAAUUUGUAAGCAAGAAAAUGUCUGUCCUCUCAGUAAUCAAACUCUACUUGUACCAUGAUUGUAUUUUAGAGGUACCUUUGAACUAUUCAAUGAUGACGCUGAAAUAACCCUGUGAAGCUGUUUUGUCCCCAUGAAGCCUGUUCUAGAAGCCGUGUCUCUACAUUGUUAGAUGGGACACGCAGGGUGUAGGACAGCUGGUCCCUGUGGCUGUCCGGGGAGCUGUAUUCCAAGCUCCCUCUGAUGCUAAUGACAGAUGUGUGAAGUGCUCUUGGUUUUCCCCGCAGUGGCAACUCAAAGCGCUGCUUUGCCUCUUCCAGGGAAAGAGAUGGUGGAUUAUAUUUGCCAGUACCUGAGCAAUGUGAGAGAGAGACGGGUGACUCCUGAUGUGCAGCCAGGUUACAUGAGAGCCCAGUUGCCGGAUUCUGCCCCAAUGGACCCAGACAGCUGGGACAACAUCUUUGGAGAUAUAGAGAAGAUUAUUAUGCCUGGGGUAGUCCAUUGGCAAAGCCCACACAUGCAUGCCUACUUCCCAGCUCUUACUUCCUGGCCUUCGCUCCUUGGAGAUAUGUUGGCUGAUGCAAUUAACUGCUUGGGAUUCACAUGGGCGUCCAGUCCAGCCUGUACAGAACUGGAGAUGAAUGUGAUGGAUUGGAUGGCUAAAAUGCUGGGCCUUCCAGAUAAAUUCCUGCACCACCAUCCCGACAGUGUGGGCGGAGGAGUAUUACAGAGCACUGUGAGCGAAUCGACGCUGGUUGCGCUGCUAGCAGCACGGAAAAACAAAAUUCUGGAAAUGAAGAUUUCUGAGCCAGACACUGAUGAGUCCUCACUCAAUUCUCGCCUCGUUGCGUACGCAUCUGAUCAGGCACAUUCUUCUGUAGAGAAGGCUGGCUUGAUUGCUCUUGUGAAGAUGAAAUUUCUGCCUGUGGAUGAGAACUUUUCCCUCAGAGGUGAAACUUUGAAGAAAGCCAUUGCAGAAGACAGAAAGAAAGGCCUAGUGCCAGUCUUUGUUUGUGCAACUUUGGGUACAACAGGUGUCUGUGCUUUUGACAAUCUCUCAGAGCUGGGUCCAAUUUGCGAUGCUGAGGGACUCUGGCUUCAUAUUGAUGCUGCAUAUGCAGGAACAGCAUUUGUAUGUCCUGAGUUCCGAUUGUUCUUGGAUGGAAUUGAAUAUGCAGAUUCCUUUACUUUUAACCCUUCUAAAUGGAUGAUGGUCCAUUUUGACUGCACCGGAUUUUGGGUUAAGGAUAAAUACAAGUUACAUCAAACCUUCAGUGUUAACCCUGUCUACCUCAGACAUCCCAACUCAGGAGCUGCUGUUGAUUUCAUGCACUGGCAAAUUCCACUGAGUCGUCGAUUUCGUUCUUUGAAGCUGUGGUUCGUGAUUCGAUCAUUUGGGGUGAAAAAGCUUCAAGCUCAUGUCCGACAUGGUACUGAAACAGCCAAAUUCUUUGAAUCCUUGGUUAGGAGUGACCCACUUUUUGAAAUUCCUGCCAAGAGACAUCUUGGACUGGUUGUAUUUCGUCUAAAGGGUCCCAACUGGCUGACAGAAAAACUCCUGAAAGAACUAAGCAGUUCUGGCAAGCUCUUCCUUAUUCCAGCAACCAUUCAUGACAAGUUCAUCAUUCGCUUUACUGUAACAUCUCAGUUCACAACCAGGGAAGAUAUUCUGCAAGACUGGAACAUCAUUCAACACACUGCAGCACAGAUCGUUAGCCAGAAUUACGGGCUGCACUGCAUCAAUUCUGGUGCUGGGGCAAGAAUCCCUAAUAUGAUAGUUAAGCCUAGUUCUGAUGCCAUUAGUAAUGCUUCUCAGCUUUAUCUAGAUGAAGGGAAACACAAAAUACCUUCCAGAAAAACAGAAGUUCAGCCUAAGAAGUUAGCAGAGAGUCCCAGUAUGUGUGUGAUUAGUCAACAAGUGAAAGGUCAAGGGGAUCCUCUAGAUGACUGUUUUCCAGAAGAUGUCCAAGAUGUUACCAAAAACAAGUUAACCUCUUUUUUAUUUAGUUAUUUAUCAGUUCAAGGCAAGAAAAAGACAGCACGUUCCCUUAGCUGCAACAGUGUGCCAAUGACUGGCAGUCUUGAGCAAUGUAACCCCAAAGCAGCAGCCACUGACAAGAAGGAGUCCCGUGCAAAUGCCAAAAUUCUUUCCAGGCUGCCUGAAGAGGUGAUGAUGUUCAAAAAAAGUGCCUUCAAAAAACUAAUUAAGUUCUACAGUGUCCCAAGCUUUCCGGAGUGUAGCAUUCAGUGUGGCCUUCAGCUGCCUUGUUGUCCUCUGCAAGCCAUUGUUUAACGAGAGUCUGGUCCUUAUGACGUCUCCAGGUAGAAAGAGAACCAAAGUUUGCUUAUUCAUAUGCAAUACUACGUGUUAUUUUGUUCAAUAUGUAAGCAGUGGCAAUGAUCACUGUGGAAAUUCCUGUGCUUUUACUGGUGGAAACCUCGUGUAUUUAUAUAUUAAAAUGUCAAAUAAAUCUUGUAGGCACGUAACAUGAAACUCUCUGGUUUGUAGCCUGUGGUAAGGAAAAUGCUGAUUUCGGCCUUAUCAUUCCUGGUAAUGGACAGUUUCUAGCUGGUAAGCUAAAACCACUUUGACAAAUAUGCUGGCCUCAGUAUGUGAUAAACAAUUUAGUUCUCUAUUUGCACCAUGAAUAUAUUUUUUUUUAAUAGCUUGAUUUAAACUCUCUAGACUGAGGAUCUGUAUGUGUAGUCAAUGCCAACAUCAGUUCUGAGCUGUGCAAAGAAAAGGGUGUAAGCUCUCUAAGAGAUUUUGCUUUAUUAGGGGAAUUUUAAAACACCCAGAGUUUAGAAACACAGCAGCCCUACCAUUCCAUCUGUGCUGAUCGGUUACAGUGCACAGGAGGCUUCACGCAAGCAUGUUUCCCUUGCUGAGCAUGCGUGGCCUUUCUCAGCAUUACCUAAGGUCCGUACAACACAAAUGCACGACAAAGAGAGUAGGAAUGAUAUUCUAUCCUUUCUCAUCACAGAACUAAAGGAUGUUACAUAAGAAACGGUCUCUAUGCAGCACAGAGACAUUGCUACAAUGGACAAAUGAUUUACAUAUUUUUCAAGAAU